CCUUAAGUAAGCUACUGGGUACCAUGGUAUCGGUGUCCUUUCAGACCAUGCUGCAAGCCACCCCAAGGCUGCUUAAAGGACUCAGGCAGUUGCUAACACGUAAGCGCGUAGAGGUAGAGGAGGCCCCGAAACUGCAAGAGCAGGACACGGAAGAGGCCGAGACGCCGCAAGGAGUCUCCAACCUCCAAAGCAUUCCAGGGGGCCUGGGAGAUUUGGAGAAAGCCUUUGCGGACAUCCGCCUAAGCCUACCGGAUCGUGAAGGUGGCGAAGUCAUGAGGGCGCCACCCGGGACAAAGCUUAGCUUUCAUGCAUUACCAGUUGGGAAACUUAAUGUUCAAAUCGGAACUCACCACACUGACGCGUUAGUGGACGGCGGAGCAAAAAUCACCCUCAUACGACGAGAUUUCGCAACGGUCACGGGGUGCACGGUAAACAAGGAAGUAGCAGGGAGUAUCCGGGGAGGAGGUGGCGAAAUUCCUUUCACACGGUAUGUCACCAAAUGUGCAGUCAGGGCGGGAAUCUGGGAAUCCAUCUGGUCCUUUCAGCGGAUGACCGUGAUGGAAGAAAUGGAUCACGACGUAAUCCUCGGGAGACCGUGGUGCGUCAAUGUGGAAAUGAUAGGAAUGCAUCUGCACGACGGCACAUACAUGGUAGACAUAGAGGAUCCAGUGACUGGCCGCGGGGAACUCCUCCGACUUCUUGGGACCGGAGGAGACCCUCCGAAGGGCAAAUUGGCAACCUGGUCUCCAACAUUCGAAGAAAGUUCGCGGAAGGGGGUAUUCGCACGAAUAGAAGGCAUGAGGGAAAAGGUAGAAAUUAUGAUCGAGGAGGCUUUUAGUAAACAGGAAUGGAUCAAGAUGGGUCUGCCCGUAAAGAAGAGAAGGUCUGAGGACGAGUCCCUGGGAGUUAUGGUGGCGGAAAAGGAGCAGGAAGUUGAACUUGGGGCCAGCCUGCCCAAGACUAAGGAAGGCCGUAACGAGACCUCUGAGGUAGCGCUCGAGAUCCCAGACCUGUUGCAACUUGUUAAGGCAAUCAGGUACCACAAAGUGGGGGUGGACCCGGCAGUGCUUGCCAAGUUUGAGGAUGAGGUUCGAAAAGGCUACUGCAUGAAUGAGAAGAUAGUUAGCAUUCAGCCCCAAGGCAGUGUGCGAAAAUACAAACCCAUAGGAAAGAAGGCCAAGCCGGUCUUGAUCGUAGUAGAAACAUCAAAGGAAGAGGCCAUGGAGAAAGAGGAGGAGAUCCUACGGGUUAUAAAGGAGAGACGCGCAACAGAAGGGCAUCGCAUACCAGAUGAGGUAGCAUAUACCAUGAAAAUAGGAGUGGAAGGGUUUCUAAUAGCGAAAGAAACUCAGUUGAUAAGAAAGGCAUGCCAGGAGUUUCAUUUAGCUUUCGCUUUCAAUGGUCAUCAAAAAGGGCGAUUGGACGCAAAGCUAGUUCCCCCUGUCAGGAUCCACACCGUACAGCACGAGUGUUGGAAUGAUAAAGGGUCCGCCUAUGAGUUUGGGAUAGCAGCGGAGGUCACCGACCUGCUUAGAGCUAAGAUAGAUUCUUUCGUGGUUGAACCUACCGCAUCCCCCUACGCGAACAAGUGGUUCGUGUUCAGGAAGCCCAAUAAGACGCUUAGGUGGAUCCAGGACCGGCAGAAGCUCAAUGUGGUAACAAUUAGGGACGUAGGCUCGCUUCCACAGACCGACUUGUUGGCAGAAUCUCAUGCGGGGCGGAGUAUUUACUCCCUGGUAGACUUGUACUCAAGAUAUGAUCAGUUGCCGCUCGAUGCGAGGGAUAGACCGUACACCGCAAUGCACACCUCCGUAGGGCAGCUGCAGAUGCAAGUGACCCCUAUGGGCUUUACAAAUGCGGUAGCAGAGGCGCUGAGAAGGAUGCUCGCCGUCGGAGGGGAUAUGUUUUCGGAAAAGUGUGAACCAUACAUAGAUGAUAAUCCCGUAAAAAGCGCAAGGUACAAGGACGAGACGGAGCUUGAGCCGGGCGUACGAAAGUUUGUUUGGGACCACCUGCAGGAUAUUGAGGACCUAUUUCAGCGCUUCCUUGUUUACAAUAUUACUGCAAGCGGUUCCAAGAGCAUCCUGACCGUCCCGGAAGUAACCAUACUCGGAUUUCGCUGUGGAGCUUAUGGGAGGAGACCCGACCCAACAAAGAUGGAUAAGAUCUCCCAGUGGCCGACACCCCUGCGCACCACGACGGAAGUACGAGCCUUCCUAGGGGUGGUUGGGUUCUGGAGGAUCUUCAUCAAAGGAUUCGCAAAGAUAGCAGAGCCUAUCCGCGCAAUGAUUAGGGAAGGCGACACUAUGGAUUGGACCGAGGAUAGGGAAGCUGCAGCCCAGACCCUGAAAGACAUCCUGUCAUCCGAUCAGGUCACUCUAGCAGCACCCUGUUUCAAUGACGAGAUCACCGAGCCCUACCAUCUUGAGGCAAAUGCACCAGUAGAAAGGGGUCACCAGACUUUGAAGAACACAAUCGCAAAGUUGGCAGCAAAUAAUUUGGGAAGUUGGUCACGGUUUCUCAAGCAGGCAGUCUUCGCCGAGAACAUGACUCCAAAAAGAACAACGGGAAGUAUUCCAGCAGAACUCUGGUAUGGAAGGGAGAUCGAUUUUCCGAUAGAAGCUUUGGUCCCUACCUGGAACAGGCUAGAUGACGACCCAUACUUGAGCACGGAAGAGUUAAUCACCGCACGUUGCCAGCAGGUUGCCAGAAAUGAGGAGGCGCUCGAGGAAGUAGUCAAUCGUGUGACGGAUAGCCGAAUGAGGGAUAAGGCAAGAUGGGACCAGGUCAAGAACAUUCGGAAGGAGCCACUCCAGGUGGGGGAAAAGGUGCUAGUUAGGAACUCGGCUCUUGAAAGCACAUGGUCCGAACAGCUAGGAAAAAUAUUCAAAGGGCCUUAUAGGAUCGCCAAGCGGGUUGGACGGAACACAUUUGAGCUUGAGGAUCUCGAUGGUACUAGCAUAAGAGGGUCAUUUCCGAGACAGAGACUGGUCAGAUUUUUGAGCAGGGAUCCGGUGGAACAGUGGCUACAAGAGGCUCAGGACAGGAAAACAGGGGAAGUCACAGCUUGAAAGAUAGACAAUUGGCUAUGACCCUGGACCGCCUCCCUAUGUAAGUGAUCAUGACCACAAGG